AUGUCCGGAAAAGCUCAUGGAGGUAAAGGUAAGUCUGGCGCUAAAGAUGGCGGUUCGUUAAGAUCCCAAUCUUCCUCGGCCAGAGCUGGUUUGCAGUUCCCCGUUGGUAGAAUUAAGCGUUACCUGAAGAGACACGCCACGGGCAGAACAAGGGUAGGAUCUAAAGCUGCCAUUUAUCUGACUGCUGUGUUGGAAUAUCUAACUGCGGAAGUGCUGGAACUGGCUGGUAAUGCUGCCAAGGAUUUGAAAGUCAAGAGAAUUACCCCAAGACAUCUGCAAUUGGCCAUCAGAGGUGACGACGAAUUAGAUUCUUUGAUUAGAGCCACUAUCGCUUCCGGUGGUGUUUUGCCUCAUAUAAAUAAAGCUUUGUUACUGAAAGUGGAAAAAAAGGGCAAUAAAAAAUGA